UGUGUGCUAUGUAAAUGCCUGUACGUCUUGCCUACACAAAUUUUUUCCCUUUCCGCGGCUUUUUUCCCUUUCCGCGGCUCGAAGUGCCGAUUUCCCCCGCUCCCUUUUACCGCGCCUUCACCCCUCCGCUCCAUCCUCGACACUGCCCUAGCAUACCGUCCUUAGCUACUCCUACCCGCGCCAUUUCCGUCUACUUCCCUUGAGUCCCAGUUGUACCUUCGAUUCCUGGUUUCUUUCUGGGGGCGGGCGGCGGAUUUGCUCCCGAUUGGCUGAGGGAACAAUGGCUCUAUCGGCGUCCGACGUCCAAACCGUCUACUCACUCCUCUCCGACGCCAUCAGCCCUGACGCAUCUGUACGAAGUCCGGCAGAGUCCGCCCUCUCACAGUGUGAGCGCCGGCCCGGGUUUUGCUCAUGUCUCCUAGAAAUCAUCGUCACCAGGGAUUUGGCUUGCCGUGAUGACAUCCGGCUCUUGGCUUCCGUCUUCUUUAAGAACUGCGUGCGCCGCCUCUGGAGGCAACGUGUUAUCAGCAAUGAUGAGAAAGCUCAUAUUCGGAAAAAGUUGUUGUUAGGUAUUCGUGAAGAAAGUUCUCAGAUAGCACUUCACUUGGCUGAUCUUAUCUCAAAAAUUGCACGUAUGGAUUAUCCGAAAGAAUGGCCAGAGCUUUUUUCCUUCUUGGCACAGCAGCUUCAGUCAGCGGACAUACUAACGUCACAUAGGGUUUUUAUGGUUCUUUUUAGAACAUUAAAGGAACUGUCAACAAAGCGCCUUAGUGCUGAUCAAAGAACCUUCUCUGAGAUAGCUGCACUACUAUUCGAUUAUUCGUGGAGCCUAUGGAAGAGUGAUGUACAGACUAUAUUACAGAGUUUUUCCAGUUUAGCUCUGCCUGAUCCAUCAAAUUCUUUGAGGGAACAUCAAAGUAGUCUACUUUUGACUUGUGAAAGAUGGUUGUUUUGUACUAAGAUAAUUCGACAGCUGAUUAUUUCUGGAAAUGCAAGCGAUGCAACGUCUGCUCAGGAGGUUCGGUCGGUCAAGGAGGUCUGUCCUAUGCUCUUGAGUGCUAUUCAAUCGUUUCUUCCAUAUUGCAUUUCAUUCAUAGGACAACCAGAGCUUUUGGACUUCAUAAAGAGAUCUUGCGUUAAAUUGAUGAAGGUUCUGGCUGCACUUCAGAGCAGACAUCCAUACUCAUUUGGUGAUAACAAUGUUCUUCCUGCUAUUUUGGAUUUCUGCUUGAAUAAGAUAAUCAAUCCCGGACAAACAGUACCAUCUUUUGAUGAGUUUCUGAUUCAUUGCAUGGUUUUAAUCAAGUCUAUCUUAGAGUGUAAAGAGUACAAGCCUAGCCUUACUGGUCGAGUAAUUAAUGGAAGUGGAGACUCUUUAGAACAAAGGAAAAAAAGCAUCUCUACUGCUGUUGUUGACAUGAUUGCAGCAGUUUUGCCUAACGAACGUGUUGUUCUGCUGUGCAACAUUUUGAUAAGAAGGUAUUUCAUUUACACGUCAAAUGACUUGCAUGAAUGGUUUCAAAACUCUGAAUCCUUUCACCAUGAGCAGGACAUGCUGCAGUGGUCAGAGAAACUUAGGCCAUGUGCUGAAGCUCUCUAUAUCGUUUUGUUUGAAAAUUAUAGACCUCUGCUUGCUCCUGUGGUGGUCUCUAUACUUAAAGAGGCGAUGAGUGGUUCACCACCGUCAGAAAGUGAAAUUAGUCCUGCAAUGCUACUAAAAGAUGCUGCUUAUAGUGCUGCUGGACAUGUCUAUUAUGAGCUCUCGGCUUACCUGAAUUUCAAUGACUGGUUCAAUGGGUCCCUUUCUGUAGAGCUUUCUAAUAAUCAUCCAAACUUGUUAGUCAUUCAUAGGAAAAUUGCGUUGAUACUUGGGCAGUGGGUUUCUGAGAUUAAAGGAGACACCCGAAAGUCAGUAUAUCAUGCUCUGAUCAGAUUGCUUCAGGACAAUGACAUUGCUGUUAGACUUGCAGCCUGUCGUUCUUUGUGUUAUCUAGUUCAAGACUCCAACUCUUCUGAACAAGACUUUUUUGACCUCUUGUCCACAUGUUGGAAUAUGUGCUUCAAAUUGGUGGAAGACGUUCAAGAGCUAGACUCGAAGGUCCAAGUCCUAAACCUCAUAUCUUUGCUUACUGAACAUUUGGGUGAAAAGAUUACCCAAUUUGCCGGCCAACUGGCAAAUUUUUUCCGAAAGAUGUGGGAGGAAUCCGUUGGUGAAAGUUUACUGCAGAUUCAACUUCUUGAGGCCCUUAGAAAUUUUGUUUGCUCGCUUGGCUAUCAGUCUUCUGUCUGCUAUAACAUGCUUAUACCUAUUCUACAAAAGGGUAUUAACGUUGAUAAUCUUGAUGCACUAAAUCUAUUGGAGGAUAGUAUUCUGCUUUGGGAAGCUGUACUUUCGCAUGCAACAUCAAUAGUGCCUCAGCUGUUAAACCUUUUUCCCUCCCUGGUGGCCAUCAUUGAGAAAAGUUUUGAUCAUUUGCAGGUGGUUGUAGAUAUCAUAGAGGACUACAUAAUUUUUGGCGGUGCAGAGUUUUUAAAUAUGCAUGCCUCAACUGUAGCAAAAUUGCUUGAUGGUAUUGUUGGAAACGUAAAUGAUAAAGGACUUCUUUCAACAAUUCCAAUUCUUGAUAUAUUGAUUCAGUGCUUUCCCUUAGAAGCACCUCCAUUGAUGUCUGGAGUUCUUCAGAAACUCAUAUUGUUAUGCUUGAGUGGAGAAGAUGACCGGAAUCCUUCCCGGACAGCAGUGCGAACUUCCUCCGGAGCUAUUCUGGCAAGGCUGUUGGUAAUGAAUACCAAUUAUCUUGGACAUCUGGCGUCUGAUCCAGCUCUAACGAUGGCUCUUCGACAAGCUGGUCUUUCCAUCAAUCAAAAUAUUCUUCUCUGCUUGGUAGAUUUGUGGGUUGACAAGAUUGAUAAUACAACAUUCAUCCAGAGAAAGACCUAUGCUUCAGCUCUCUCUAUUAUUUUAACACUAAGGGUACCAGAGAUCAUAGAUAAACUUGAUGAAAUUCUAAGUGUUUGCACUACUGUCAUUCUGGGAGGACCAGAAGACACUAGCCAGGAAGAUUCCAGUGCUGAUGCUACAAGUUCAUCCUGGCGUAAUAACGAGAGCCUCAGCUACUACAAUGGGGUCCCAAGCAAAGAGUUGCGUCGAAGACAAAUUAAAGAUUCCGAUCCGAUCAAGCAAUUGUCGCUGCAGAGCAUGCUGAGGGACAAUCUGAAUGCUUGUGCAGCUUUUCUAGGGGAGUCCUCUUUCCAUGAAGCCAUGAGCAGGAUGCAUCCAUCAGCAUUUGCUCAGUUACAGCUGGCAUUAAAAAUGGCAUAAAGAUAAUCCAUCCAACAUAAUUUUAUUCAAUCUGAAGCAUUUUGCCUUCUUCCCAAGCAUUCAACCGUAUAAAUCACAUUUGGUGGUUGUGUACGACUUCGACUUUUCGAGAGUGCCGCAUUUUAGCGCUCCAUAUAUACACCAUGUUGCAGAUUCUUUUCAUAGCAUUGAUUGCCUCAAAUUUCAAGAAUGCAGGAUCAUCUCGCCGAAAAGCCUAAAUUUUUGCUGUGUAACCGGCUGUCACGGUGAUUCAACGCGUCACAAUCCUGUCAUGAUCUUGCUGCUACGAUAUGGUUUCCUGAUUCCAUGUUAUGAGAUCAGCGAAGAACCGAGUUAAGUCAACUCAUAAUGCAGCUCAUGUUCAGCUCGAUAAGUGAUUCGUGAGCUGACAAGAUGAAUUUGAGUUAGCUUAGCUAGACUUGUCGGCUCAUGCCUCGACACUUUCAAGUAAUAUUAAUAUAAAGGAUGGUUGCAUACAGACCAUCUGAAACUCACCGAGGUGCUUUUUUGAUGUGCUGAACCAAUGUAUUUACCCAUGUUAAAAUGGUCCGGGGUUCUAAUCAUGGAUUUUGAUAUUUAAGUGAGAAUUUGAAAUGUAAAUAG